AACUGUCUCCAGCUCAAUUGCUUCAUGCUUUCGUUGAUGACUCCAGGCACACAUUUUAUUUCAGGAAAAUUUAGAAUUCCAGAUUUCUUUGACGGCAACGAGAGCCGGCCAUGGAUUGUAGAACUCUCAGCUUGAUUCUAACUUUAUGAAGGAGAAGCAGUAAAUAUCGGUGCGAUGGUAACAACUGAUGUAAAUCUCGGAUCGAAGGCUACUUGACGACGACGAGGAAGCAGAUAGUGAGAAAAUGGAGGGGCGUGAAAAAAUUCUAAUUGUGCUGGUGGUCAAUCCUGUGAACCCGGAACUGACCUCAGGUCAAAGACGAGUUAGUAACGAUUUCGCGUUCGAGGAAAUUAGUGGUCCCGCACUUGCAUUUGCAAGUAGGGAGCAAAAAGGUCGAGAUUCGCCAUGACUAGAAAGAUAGCUCGUUAAUCUUGAUCACGCAUUGUGUGCACUUGUCCACGUGAAGGACAGAUCCUGCUAGCAUCUGAGAAGCUCCAGUUGGAGAGGAAAUAUGUUACUCAGCGACCGGACAGAGGACAGCCUUUGAGGUCCUCAAAUUGUAAGUACUGUAGAAUUUGAGCGACACUUGCAGAUGGUGCAGGACUGUCAGGUACCACCAGUCCUCGGGUCUCAUUCUCAUACCUGCCUUCUGCCUCUCUUGACGGCGGAUUGGAGUCGUCAGUCUCUUUUCCUGCACUAUAUAUCAGUGUCACCGUGUUCUGUUGGUGACCAGGAUUCCCCGAUGCAGUAUCUCAAGGAUAGGCACGGAUGGAGGAAAAGGUAUGGGCUUGAAUCCCGGUGGGCCCAAUGGGAGCGGAGGAGAAGGGAAUUCCGCAGUAUUUCCUUAGAGAGCAAUUAGAGCGGCAGUUCGAUCGAUUCACUCCCUUCUCCCGAACUAUCGUAGAAAGACGAGCGUAGAAGUCAUGACAAAAUCUAUCCUCAGUCCCAGAAUUCCGGUAAGAAGUCGCAAGCGAUCGGACGAAAUCUGAUUCUUUGUAAUGCUCACCGGGAUUGUCGUUAGGAAAUCGCUUGAUGCUGACGGCAGUUUGGAGAAGCCGCAUUAAUUGCGAGUUCAAAUUCUAAUCUCUCCGUUUGAGGCUGUAAUAUGGUUUCCACAUAUCAAGAUAUAUAGUCGAUCGUGGUCAGUGGGGCCACAAGGACGCGCAAGGCUGAUGGUGCUUGCUCGUACAUACGUAAGCGUAUCAUAAGACUCUCCGAUGAAUGAUGAGGUUUCGAAAGCCGCUGAAUCGUCCGCACCAGUCUGAGAGCUUCCUUCGAUUUUUCUCAAGAUAUCCUUGAGGUUCGAAUUUCUGGCGAAGACAAACAUUACACAGAAGGGAGACAGGCUUGUCGACUUUUAUCGGGCGAUCUGUGGUGUCCUUGCUUUGGAAGCCUUAGGCAAGCUUUCGCAGAGAUGAUAACCAAACAUGCUCACUCUACAUCCUUGUGAUAUAAACCGUUGUUUAGUUUUCGUUGAUCCAUUCUCGGAGAGGAUUUCAGCACUCAAAAAUCAUAGCACUCUCUCCCUGGACAACCCUCGAGCUCUUGAUCUUCCUAGACGGGAUUGCCAUUUCUAGGUCUGAUUCAGACUCGUCUGACUUACCUGCAUGUAGCUUCUCACAGUUCAUCUCAAGCUGUUGCUUACAGAAUGGUCUAAGUUGGUGCUCUCAUGAUAGAAGACCCGCUCGCUCGCUCGCAUCUGGGACUCAUGGUAAACCAGAAUUUAGCCUUAGAAGGAGUCCAUCCUUAUUUUAGUAAUGUUAGGAAUCUUCUGAAGUGAAGUGCAGUACUCUCAAACUUGCUUACAAGAGAAAUGCAGGGGCCGCCUCUUUCAAUCUUUAACAUCUGACCAGUUUCCAUUUCAAACAUGUCCAAGCCUUCUCAAUAGUCCUUCAGAUCUUCUAAUCGAAACUUCAGGUCCUCUAUCUUCAUUCUAGCAUUCUAGCUUCUCGGCAUCAGUAUUGAGCAAUCGACGAUCCCUACGCGCUUAUGCAUAGCAAAGAGGAGAUUCGGAGCUCUCUACGAGCAUGCAGCAGGUACAAGCAUCGUCAACAACCCGAGCACGUUCAGAGGCAGUCGAAGCGGAACAGUAUAGAAACGCCUUCAAUAUUCACAGAGGUAGACGUCGAAACCAGUCCUUGAUGUACAAAGUACAACACUUGAGAUUCUUGAGCAGUACAGAUUUUGAUGGAAAGAAUCGAAGCCGGAGUAGAGAUGUCUUCCUUCAAUUUCCACGGUGGAGAUUUCUGUCAGUCUGAGAUGGGUGCAUAUGCUGAUCAAGAAGAUCAGGACAUACGAGCGGAGAUGCAGGCGAUCACUGAUCCAGGUCUGAACAAUGUACUACUUGGUCUAUCGGAUGCGCUGGACACAAUACCACGAUCUCGCUACGUCGGGCUUACAUUAGGAGAUCUUCCAUUGACGAACAUGAAUGGAUCCGGAUCGGAGAAUUUCAAUGCCAACCGUGCAAUGUCGGAUCAGCAGAACAUGGCCAACCAUGAUCAUCCUCCAGACGGGCUUUCGUUCCCAGUGGACGCUUCGCACCGACAGGGCGAGAAUGAUAACCAUCUCGCUAUGCAGGAGAUUAGAAUGAUCCAUCAGUCGGAACUGGAGAAUGAACAGCAGCAGGAGCGGGAACAGCAGCAUCAUCAACAUCAUCAACAUCAUCAACUCAUGACCGAAAAUGGUCCUACAGACGCCUUUCAUGAACAGUCCUCUGAAACAAAAAAUUGUCCAGGCUACAGUUAUGACCAGAAGAGUGGAGGGCAUGGAUUUAUGACGGCCUGGGAAGAGAGUGUGAAAUACAUGGAAGAUUUGCGGCAGCUGCAGGAAUUACAAGCUCAGCAACAGCCUCGUGCUCAGCCAAUUGCAAAUAGAGUACAGCCCAACAACGACAUUUUCAGCUUGGAGAACUUGGGAGGACUCUCUGCUGGAAUUCAAGCUUUCAACAGCUUCUCUGAGCUCGAAAAAAUCAGUGAAGGGCAUGAUCUAAAAGACAAGUUGCCUGCGGAAGUCUUCAAUCUUCUUCAGCAGCCUUCGCAUUCAAUAAGUCCUUCAUGUUCUACUGGGCUAGCAUUUGCCUCGAGUUCUGGAUCAGUGUAUCCAUCGGUCUCAAAUUUCAAAAGACCCACUGGGCCAGUGAACUCUUGUCAUGUGCAUGUUCCGAUGCCAAAUCCACAUGGUUAUCAGCUAAUGGACAGGGGGACAAAUUCGAGUCUCUUCGGUGGUAAUGGUAUACAAGCUCCUGCAGUGGCAUAUCCAGGGCCUUUUACAAAGCUCUUAAAUUACAACAAUGUUCCAGGAGGUAGCUCAAGAAAUUAUUCCAAGAUCUUCAAUUACAACUCUCCUGCAGCUAGUGGCCCUGGGUUUUUUCCUACAGAUCUUCCCCCAACCAAAUCUGGUUCCAAUGUCGAUCUGCUGCAGCUGGAGUAUGGUCAUAACGAGGAGCUUCAAGAUGUUUUUGGUGCUGCUCAAAUGACAGCACCAUCUCACUUCUUGCCUGAGAUACCAAGACGUACUAAAAGCGCUUCUGGAAGGCUAACUAACGAAGCUGAGCAAAAACCACUGCACCAUUUUGCCACAGAGAGACAAAGACGGGAACAUUUGAACGAGAAGUAUCAGACCCUGCGAUCUUUGGUUCCAAACCCUACUAAGGCUGAUCGAGCUUCCAUUGUCUCAGAUGCUAUCAAUAGAAUACAUGAUCUGAAAAAAGAAGAAGAAGGUUUGAUGGAUGAAAAGAAAAACAGACAACUUCGGAGACAAUUGAGGCUUGAGAUGAGAGCCAAUGGAAAACGUCAGAGAGCUGAGGAAUCCGAAACAGCUGUCAAAGAAGACGGAGAAAGCUUGUGUCUGAAAGCACUGUGGAGCAAAAAGGUUUCCAAACAUGGGACGGAGAUCGAAGUUCGCAUAGUUUGUGAUGAGGUGGAUAUCCACAUCAGGCAGAAACAUAUGCCCCGAUUUCUUAUCCGAGUAAUAACAGCCGUAGAAAGAGGGCUGAAGCUUGAAAUCCUUGAUGGAACUGGCGGUGUUAUCCACAAUUGUGAUGUUUACAGAUUCAAACUGAAGAUUCAAGGAGAUUCGUGCGCUUUCAUGGGAGUAAUCAUGGCGAAACUUCUAGAGAUAUUGGAUACGGUUUUCUGAAGAACGAUUCUACUCUCACUCCUAUUUGCAAAAGCAUAUAACUCAAGGAGCUUCCAGGAAUUUGAAACCUCAGGAUCAUGCACUUUAAAAGCCUGAAUUGGUUUCUGUGAUCUAUUCUGAUGAUUUAUAUUCUAUAAAUAAAUAUUUGGUACUAGUACUGGUUCACAAGAUGCAGGAUCCUGGAAGCAUUUUUUGUACAGAUGGUCAUAUUGGCAUUUGGAUCUUAGUAUAAAGAUUCUUGCUCAAAUGGUCUGCGGACUGGAUGACAGCAGUACCAGGAAAGAUAAAUUAUGCUCGACAUGUAAACGUCAGUCUAUCUGCGUUUUUAAAAAUUCUAAAGUUUGACAAUAAAUCC